GAGGAGGGUCACUCGGCUGGGCAGCACUUCCUGUCCUGGAGCAGCUCAGAGCCCUGGCGGGAGGCACGUGCAUGGAAGCCCAAGGCUCGGGAAUUUGCCAGGAUGGCCCUGGGAGCUAGAGGAACCCAGAGGGAGGGCAUUCUGGUCAGGGAAGGAUGUCUGGGGAGAUGGCGUGUUCCGAGUCUUGAAAGACAGAGGAAUUGGCCAAGAGGACUCUGGGACUCCGGGGAGGAGGUUGGUGAGUUCUGGGCAGGCAGAGGUAAUCUUGCUCCAUGGCCUCCAGCGACUGCCUGGCUGCCCUGUGCUCUUUGGUGGUCACUCCUGGGCACACAGAUCUCUGGGCAUCUGUGCUCAGAUGAGGCCCAUAGCCCCCUAACCCUGUCUGGCUGUCCCACAGUGCUGCUUGAGGUCUCCUGCCUGCCGAGGCACGUGCCGGGCACUGCCCCCAGGGACUCAGCUCUGGCCCUGGCCUCCUGGUGGAGACAGACUGCAGAUCUGACGACACUGGCUGAGCCCUAGGCAGGCGGCUGGCCCUGUGCCCGGUACUCAGUGUCCUGAGCCCUCGGAGGCCCUGGGAUGGGGUGGUCACCCCACUCUGGGGGGGACUGAGUCCCAGGCGCCACGGCAGCACCGGAGCAUGGGUCUGUGUGAAUCCAGAGCCUGGCCCUUUCCCAUGAUGCCACCGCCUGCGUCAGCUUCUUUUGGCCAGGCUUGGGACCUGGGGGAGACAAAGGCUGUUCUGAAGGAGGUCUCUUAGGUGUCAUUAGUUGGUUUGGGGACUCGGGGAUCCCCUUUCGGUGGGGCAGCUAUCGUGAAGAUUCGUACAGGCGGGGCCGCUGGCUCAGGGGAUUCUGAGACCCAGCCCCUCAUUUCAGGUGUGCCUUUCACAGGUGGUGAGGACACGGGCAGUGUGUGCUGAGAUGCAGGUGUCAGGAGGCCUCACUAACCUAUGAGACAGGUAGGGGAGUUCUGUUGUCAUGCUAGUAGGGUCAGCAGCCCUGUCGUAGGAGCAGAGAGAGCCGUUGCCUCACCCCACUGUACAGCCAGCCAGCAGAGCUUGGGGUGAGGGGCUGGCGGGGAGGGCCCUGGGCUGCUCCUGGGCCUGCCUUGGCGGGCUUUCCCUGGCUCCGUCUGCCUGGUCUCUGGGCUCUCUCAUGCCGAAUGAGGAGUCCCGUGUGGGCAGCCUGGUAAUGAAUGUUUCUGGGGACCUAAAGACGCAUCAGACGUGGCCCCAGCCUUGAGGCUCAGGGUCAGGCCGGCCAGAAAGUUGUGGCCCCGUGGGGCUCUGUGUGCAGGGUCUGCUGGGAGGUCGCAGUCCUCCAGGGCUGCGUGGGGGACACGCAGGGGUGAGUAAGCCGGGGAGAUCCUCCCAGGGACAUAGGCUGCAUCUGUACUCGUGGAAAUAAGGGGAGCAGGUGCCCCUGUCCUCGGUGGAAGGGGAAGAAGUGCCUUGGAGUCUGGCACGCUGGUUUCACCUUGGCCCUUCUGCCCUGUGGCUCUGUGGCGUUGGGUCAGCCAGUGAACUUGUCUGAACUGCGCUUUAAACUCCUGGUUCACGCUUACUAGGCAGUACCGGGCACCUGGCUCCUUGUGGAGCGCGUCAUCUCGUCUGAUCUUGACGCCAAGCCCACGAAGAGGAGACACGGGGUGAAGCAGCUGCCCUAGGCGGUGGGUGGUGAGGCCGAUCCCAACCCCGGCAGCCUGCCCUCCUGCCCGGAGAGGACGGCCUCUCGUCUCUUGGUGGUGGUGGGGGAUCAAGAUUAUGUACCUGCUGCACCCUGUGCGCGGUCUGCAGUGAGUAGCCUGUGCUUGAUGAGUGCGAGCUGGCCAUUUUUUUGAAAAAAUUAAUUAUUUAUUUUUGGCUGCAUUGCGUCUUUGUUGCUGCGCGCGGGCCUUCUCUAGUUGCGGUGAGCGGAGGUUACUCUUCGUUGUGGUGCGCGGGCUUCUCAUUGUGGUGGCUUCUCUUGUUGCAGAGCACAGGCUCUAGGCACACGGGCUUCAGUAGUUGUGCCACGUGGGCUCAAUAGUUGUGGCUCACGGGCUCUAGAGUGCAGGCUCAGUAGUUAUCACGCACGGGCUUAGUUGCUCCGCGGCAUGUGGGAUCUUCCCGGACCAGGGCUUGAACCUGUGUCCCCUGCACUGGCAGGCAGAUUCUUAACCACCGCACCACCAGGGAAGUCCUGCGAAUUGGUCUUAUUUGAUAAGAGGGGACAGUUGAGCUGAGGGAAGGGAGAAGUCUGGGAAGGAUUUCCGGAGGAGGUGCUGUUUUUGCUGGGCUCUGGUAGCAGAUCUACAGGGGGAAGGCGGGUGGGCAAGGUGGAAGGAAGCACCGUGCAGAUCGCACAGAUUGCCAGGUUGGGAGAGUCCAUGCUCACCUGGAGGAUGGGGAGUCUGGCCCGUUGGCCUGAUUGAGGGGUGACAGAACAUGAGAUGCCCCAUAGGUGCAGUUCUGGUUUUUGUUUUUUGUUUGUUUUUGUCCUGAAGAGUAUUUUGUUUGUUUAAACAAUUUUCAGUUGCUCACCAACAUUUAAGAAUCAGGAGUGGUCACAAAUGUUUCGGAAGCUCUAGAAGCACUAGGUGGUGGCCGGUGGCUGGGACGGGGCAGAGGCUGCAGUGCUCCCCUCUACUCCUGGGUGGGCCUGCGGCCGUAACAGUAGGUCAGGGUUCUAGGAGUUCCAGAAACUUCUGUCUCUCGUGGAGCAGAUGCGGAGUGGUGACUGGGGCUGUGCGUGUCUACCCUGAGCUCACUCUUUUCUGAGCCAGCCCGGCCCUGCUGAGCCCCUGGGAAGGGCUUCAAAGGACCUGAGAGAGGCCAGGUGUGGGAAGUAAAGCAGUGUAAUAGACUUAGCAGGAGGCAGCCUAAUUGAAGGAAAGGGGGAGGAAGCAGAGAGACAGAAGGAAACUGGAGGGGGAGCCUCAGGACCUCGCUCAACCCUGUGUGUCUAAGCAUGCUGGAAUCCUUGUAGGGAAGAGUGGUCUGCCCAGCUGGCCCCAGACCAGACAGAAAACAUCUAAGUGGUCAAUCCAUGGAGAAAACACGGACAGUUGCCACCAAAAAAGGGGUGCAAGAUCCUGAUGGCAUCACAGAGACAUUCCCCCAACAUUCAAACCACAGGGACCCAGACAUGGAGCUGCGGGAAGAGGCGUGGUCUCCGGGGCCGUUGGAUUCUGAGGACCAGCAGAUGGCCAGCCAUGAGAACCCAGUGGACAUCCUCAUCAUGGAUGACGAUGACGUCCCCAGCUGGCCCCCAACCAAGCUGUCCCCGCCCCAGUCGGCGCCCCCGGCUGGUCCCCCGCCCCGGCCGCGGCCGCCCGCCCCCUACAUCUGCAACGAAUGCGGCAAGAGCUUCAGCCACUGGUCCAAGCUGACGCGGCACCAGCGCACGCACACGGGCGAGCGGCCCAAUGCCUGCAGCGACUGCGGCAAGACCUUCUCGCAGAGCUCGCACCUGGUGCAGCACCGGCGCAUCCACACGGGCGAGAAGCCCUACGCCUGCUCCGAGUGCGGCAAGCGCUUCAGCUGGAGCUCCAACCUCAUGCAGCACCAGCGCAUCCACACGGGGGAGAAGCCCUACGCCUGCCCCGACUGCGGCCGCAGCUUCACGCAGAGCAAGAGCCUGGCCAAGCACCGGCGCUCGCACAGCGGCCUCAAGCCCUUCGUGUGCCCGCGCUGCGGCCGCGGCUUCAGCCAGCCCAAGAGCCUGGCGCGCCACCUGCGGCUGCACCCGGAGCUGUCGGGGCCUGGCGUGGCGGCCAAGGUGCUGGCGGCCAGCGUGCGCCGGGCCAAGGCACCCGAGGAGGCGGCGGCGGCGGACGGCGAGAUCGCCAUCCCGGUGGGCGACGGCGAGGGGAUCAUCGUGGUGGGCGCGCCGGGCGAGGGGGCUGCGGCGGCCGCAGCCAUGGCGGGCACGGGGACCAAGGCGCCGGGACCCCGCUCGCGGCGCGCCCCGGCCCCCAAGCCGUACGUGUGCGUGGAGUGCGGGAAGGGCUUCGGGCACGGGGCCGGGCUGCUGGCCCACCAGCGCGCCCAGCACGGGGACGGGCUCGGGGCGGCGGGGGGAGAGGAGCCCGCGCACAUCUGCGUGGAGUGCGGCGAGGGCUUCGUGCAGGGCGCGGCGCUGCGGAGACACAAGAAGGUCCACGCCGUGGGCGCGCCCUCCGUCUGCAGCCGCUGCGGACAGAGCUACUACCGGGCAGGCGGGGAGGACGACGACGACGAGGAGGCGGCGGGCGGGCGGUGCAGCGAGUGCCGUGGCGGGGAGGGCCGGUAGGGGCGGGGGCCCGGGGGGGCAGGGCCCCUCGGGCUUGGCGGGGACGACGGCGCAGGACCCAGAGACCCGGGGAGAAACGGACAGAGGGCUGCCCCGGACCGGCGGCGCGCUCUACCCCCUCCCCUCCCGCGGCCUGAGAGGUGCGGCGGGCCUGGGGCGGGACACUGGGGACGCUCACCGGGCCGCCUGGCCCCUCCCCGCGCCCGGCCCUCGGCCUGGCCUGACCCUUGUAGGUUCUCGGCCGAGCCCGAAUCAAGACGUGUGAGAACUAGAGAGACCAAGAUACGACAAAACCCACGAGCGAAAGACCAUUUUCCCUCUUUCUCUUCCCCACCAACGGGGGGUGUUGAGAAGAUGGCGAACAUUGGGACCUUUCCACUCGGAGGGGCCCCAGAGAGGGAAGGGAAAGAGGGGUCCUUUUCCCUUUUAGAAUUUUCUUUAUAAUCAUAUCCCCUUCCUGACCCCGCCUACCUAUUAUUUUCUUUCUUCUUCGCGGGUCCCAUCCUCUUUCCUCGCCCUAGUCCUUCCUCCCCCUCCUGGAUCUGGGGUAGCAGAGAAGUGCUGGAGCGGAACUAGCCCCUGUCCCAGGCGCACCCCGCAGAAAACGGGUUCCCGUCUCAUCCCAGGCCUGGGGACGGUUGGAGGAGGGGUGCGGGGGGCAAUAAAUCGCACUAUCCAAUUGUC